AUGAAUACCAAAGUGUGUCAAAACUGACCUGAACGCUCACUCACAUUUAGACAUCCCAAACGCAGUCUUCGAGUGUGGGAUAUGACAUACAGCCUGCGUUUAGACGGAAAUAUUUGACGAGAAACUCACGAGAAUGGUCGCGAUGCGCCUCAGGUAGAGCGAACACACUAACUGCUUUGAACUGCAUGUAGCGCUUUAGCCAAGCCCAGUGUGUUGGAUUUAAAUGGUCCAGUUUUGACACAUUUGCGAGUACUGGCGCUAAGCCCUGGGAUUUCACCUCGUCCUUGAGAGACCAGCGCAAAUCAACCCAAAUAAAACAUCCCGACCCUGUUCGCCCUUUUCCCGGAGGGUCGUUUUCCUUCGAGACACGUGGACGAAGCCGCACACAGCAUUAGGGACCGAAGAGCCGCAGCCUCUAUAGAGGGACUCAGACAGGGUGGGAGGAGAUCCCAGCAGGGUUCAGCUGCUCACCAAUGGGUUUGUGGUCUGAAGACGAGCAGCACUCAUCUCUUUCACAUCCUUUGUAGGAAGAAGCAGACACAAGGACAAAACUCUUUCACCACAAGGAGCCUCAACUGACUGACUGUUCAGAGCGAUCCGGCCACACAUUCACACUCUCUACAGGAGGAAUGAAGACAGGUGAAGUUGAAGACAGGAUGUCUUCCAAGCGACCAGCCUCUCCAUAUGGGGGAACAGAUGGAGAGGUAGUCAUGGCGACGAGCAGACAGCGAUUGGAGGAUGAAGAGGUUGACGGACAUGCUGUCAUUCACUUGCCCCUGAGUUCGUACUGCAGCAAAGUGUCCCCGCGAUCUCCACGACUGCUCGACAGCCCCCCAACACUACACGCAAACAUGGAUCAGGAUGGCAGUAAAGGCCUGGCCCUGAGCCCCUACCCCCAGCACAACUCGUCUACCUCACCCAGUAAGCAGCAGCAGCAGCAGGAGGAGGGGUCCAUGCGGCCGGGGAGCGAACCCAGCUCCGCUUCAGCUCUGGGCACCCCGGAGAGACGCAAGGGCAGCCUGGCUGAUGUGGUGGACACGCUCAAACAGCGCAAGAUGGAGGAACUCAUCAAAAACGAGCCAGAGGAGGCCCCCAGUAUUGAGAGGCUGUUGUCUAAGGACUGGAAGGACAAGCUAUUGGCCAUGGGUUCUGGCAACUUUGGAGAGAUCAAAGGCACCCCGGACAGCCUGGCGGAGAAAGAGCGCCAGCUGAUGGGGAUGAUCACGCAGCUCAGCAGUCUCAGAGAGCAGCUACUGGCCGCCCAUGAGGAGCAGAAGAAACUGGCCGCUUCGCAGAUCGAAAAGCAGCGCCAGCAAAUGGAGUUAGCGAAACAGCAACAGGACCAGAUUGCACGACAACAGCAGCAACUUCUGCAGCAACAACACAAAAUCAACCUCCUGCAGCAACAGAUCCAGCAGGUCCAGGGUCAGUUGCCCCCACUGAUGAUACCCGUGUUCCCUCCAGAUCAGAGAACUCUGGCGGCCGCUGCAGCACAACAAGGAUUUCUACUUCCGCCAGGGUUCAACUACAAACCAGGCUGCAGUGACCCUUACCCUUUACAGCUAAUUCCUACGACUAUGGCAGCGGCUGCUGCGGCGACGCCUGGCCUUGGUCCUCUUCAACUGCAGCAGUUGUAUGCGGCUCAGCUAGCUGCCAUGCAGGUGUCUCCGGGGGCCAAACACAGCACAGUGCCUCAGGCCAACCUGGCAACCGGAACACUCUCGCCCACCAGCGGCCAGAGCGAGAAAAACAGAAGCACCCCGCCACCAAAGCCCAAGGACGAGGGCGCUCAGCCCUUGAAUCUGUCGUCCAAGCCUAAGGCAUCCGAGAGCAAGUCACCCACCUCCCCCGCUUCCCCACAGGUCCCUGCCCUGAAGCUGGGCCCCGGGUCCCUGAAGCACAGCGCCCCCUCCAGCAUCGGAGGACCGCCGUCCAGACUCAGCUCCAUAGACCUGCUGUCGUCCAUCACCUCUGGCGGCUACCUGAAUGACCACGAGGCCGUGACCAAAGCUUUCCAGGAGGCCAGACAGAUGAAGGAGCAGCUAAAGAGAGAACAGCAGGUUCUAGACGCCAAAGUAGCGGCAGUCAACAGCCUGAGCCUCAACAACGGUCGCUCAGAAAAGGAUAAAGCCGCUCUUGAAAGCCUGAGCCAACAGUUAAAACAGUCUGAAGAGAGCAAGUUCACUCACGCAAUGAUGGACUUUGGCAUCAGUGGCGAUUCAGAUGGAAGCCCUAGUGUGUCAGACUCACGGAUCUUCAGAGAGUCUCGAGGGCGUGGCAGCAGCGAACCACACAUCAAGCGGCCCAUGAACGCCUUCAUGGUCUGGGCUAAAGACGAGAGGAGAAAGAUCCUUCAGGCCUUCCCUGACAUGCAUAACUCAAACAUCAGCAAGAUCCUCGGCUCUCGUUGGAAGGCCAUGACCAACCUGGAAAAGCAGCCAUACUAUGAAGAACAGGCCCGUCUUAGUAAGCAGCACCUAGAGAAAUACCCAGACUACAAAUACAAGCCGCGGCCCAAACGCACCUGCCUAGUGGAUGGAAAGAAACUGCGCAUAGGUGAAUAUAAGGCCAUCAUGCGCAACCGCAGACAGGAAAUGCGCCAGUACUUCACCGUAGGGCAGCAGGCCCAGUUGCCCUUGUCCUCAGCGGGCGUUGUGUACCCAGGCGCCCUCUCUAUGGCAGGAAUGCCCUCCCCACAGAUGCCCUCCGAGCACUCAAGCAUGUCCAGUAGCCCCGAACCAGUCCCACCCACCAGCCAGCCCUCCUACCUCACACACAAGGGGGAGGAGCCUCGCAUAAAGGAGGAGGAGCUCCGAAUGGACGACGGCAACGGCGACGCCUACGAUGACUUCGACUACGAAGACGACGACGGGGACUACGGCAGCGACAGCGAGAAUCACAUCACUCAGUAAACCUGCCAAUCACAGCCAUCUCACCAGUCACCUGGCAUCUCACGCAAGCAAACUUCAUCCCUCCCCCCGUACACCAAUCAGGACUCCUCCAGAGCCAAGUCCGAUAUCCAUAGUAAAGCACAGGACCUGUCAAUCAAAGUGACUGUUACAUGAAUAGGAGGGUCUUGUGAAGGAAGCGCAACACUCGCGAACGUACCGCGGCAAGUUCAUAUUGAAUCACGAGUAAGCUACGACGACAUAGGAAAAAGACCCUUGUUACCGAGACAUUUAUUACUAAGGACCUGUCAGUCGACCCGUCAUAGACACUUUAAAACGGUGGACCUGUUUGUUUCUAAAGAGACACUUUUAAACAGCUUUUUUUCUUGGUUCUAUAAUAUUCUCACUCAGGUACACAGUGCCAACAAGUGGCUUGUGAAUGUGAUUUUGUUGUUUUUGUGCUACAGUUUUAAUAGAGAAAAAAAAGACGUUUAUUUUCCUCUUCACCGUAAAGCACCUGACAGGAGUAAAACGACAAACAUUUCCAAUUUUUGGUUCUCUUCGGCGUGCUACUAGCUGAAUCUCUUUCUAUCAUCCUCACGCCCAUGUCCUCUCACUCAGAGAUGUCUUUUCCGUUGGACGGAAGGGAGGAUUCGCGUCCCUUCACUCAGGAGUUCGGACACCGCUGGAUGACAGACAAUCCCUCCCUCCAUGCAUCUUUUCCUCUCGACACGCUUUUACCGUUCCUUUCUCCUCCUCUUCUGUGGGAACAUUGGAUGUUGACGUCUCUCUCAGGUGUGGAGACAAACUUUACGAGAUAGCACAAACUUUGUGUUUGGUGAACAGCUGACAUGGCGAUGGUCAUCGUGGAGAGCGAAGCCUCGAGCAGAAUUAUUGUACGCGUGCACAUUUCUUUGUUUGUGUGUGAGUGUGUGUGAACGAAUGGGCCUUUUGAGUUUUAAGUUAAUUUUUAUUACAAGUAAGACGGUUGAUGUGCUGGUCAUGUGAACAAUUACGAAAGGAAAAACGUUAAUAUUCAAUACGUACGAUUCAUGCUAGCAGCCAGAUCGGUGCGGAAGGAAGCCAAACGUUUAAUAAUAACACUGCGUUUUUUUUUUUUAUCAUUUUGCUCAUUUGUUUGUUUUUUUCCCGACAUUCUCAUUCUCUCCCCAAACAACCUGCAGGGAACACUGCACCUCGUCCUGAAAGGAAAAGAGGCGACACGGAAAGAAAAGCUCUCCAGAGUAGAGUCUGUGCUUGAAUGGCGUAUUGAAGGAGGAGAAUAGAGUUCCCACAAGCCUCAGCACUCUGUUUUUCAAAGGACAGCUCUGACAGAAACCAGGGAUCUCUGUACAAGACAAGCACGAGUGUGCGUUUCAAUCAGCGCCCCUUAAUAUAUCUCACAUCUCUACUCCUCCGCAGGGGUUUGUGUCUGUCUCUCUCCCCUCUUUAUUUCCCACCCUUCUUUUUUUUCUUUCCAUCUAUCACUCGUUUAUCAGCGCAGAGGAGUCUGAGCCGUGCCAUCAGUCAUCCGCUCUCUGUGUGGCUCUGACUGACCCACUCCAUCUUACUGCACCUGUGUGGCUGCUUUUGGCACGCCGAUGGUGUUUGAUUGACGGCUGCCCUAACUGUAACUACUCUGCCAGCCUCUCUCUGGCCUGGUGUGGGCAUAAGCGGGCAGCUGGAUGAGAGAGAGAGACAAGCUGUUAGGUGAACAGCAGCCAGACUCCAGCCAGUUUUACAUCUACCCAAAGGCCGUCCACUUACGACACAUAUCAAAUUAUACAUUUUCUGGCCUACUUGAGAUUUUUUUUUUUUGUUGACGAAAAAUGUUAAAGGUACUCUGACGCCUGUAGCGCUAGCAAAGUGAUGACCGAUCGCGUUUUGCGUGUUCGUCUUUGUCUAGUUUAUUCAAUUCGAUGAGGUCCGGUCCCGUCUGUUGUUUGUAUUUGUGUUUUGCCUCCGUUGUCAACGUCACUCUGCUGUCGAGGUUGGGAGGAGCCGUUUCAGACUCUGCAUGUUAAUGUUUUAGUUUGUAUUUGCAAAUACUGUAUUUUAUUUUCAUUCAAACUGCCUCUAGUGUAAUAAUAUUAUUAACAAUAAUUAUAAGAAUAGGCAGCAUUCCUAAGUUUAGUAAGUUAUGUACAGUAUAAUUUAUUAUUUUCCUCCAUUUGGAUUUUUUUUUUUAUGAUCGUAUGGAAACUGCGCUUGAUAAAGCAUUAUAUUUAGCUGGGUAGGUAUUUAGAUUUAAUUAUUAUGUUCAAUAUUCUUUUUUUUUUAUUUGUUCUUGUUUUUUUGUUGAAUUAAUCCUGUUCUGACGCUGGUAAAUAUCUCUGAGAAAGUGGUCACGGUGAACUGCUGAUAUGAAGGAAAAGAGACAUUUCUCUUUUUUUCAUUUUCUUUUUCUCCUCCGUGCAUCGUUCAUGAACUCCAAACACAUUUCUUAAAGCACUAGGACUCUGGACACUCGGAGACGAACAUAAGAAGAACAUGAUAUUUUUAUUUGUAAUGGUUUAUGUAUAAUGUGAAGUUUCCUAUCUGUUAAUUCUCCUUUUCUUUUACUGAAGAUAAAGAAAACAGCUAUAUUAUACCCCAAUUGUUAUCGAACAGAAAGAGCGUGGAUCUUGUUUACUGAUAUUUGUCAUCCUCUCUCUUACGUUUCAUUGGAACCUCACUGGUUUAGACGAACGCAUUCUUGUCAAGUUAGAGUAGAGUUCACCCCGAAAAUGAAAUUUUGACUUACUUUCUUCUGUAGAACACCAAUGGAGAUGUUUAGCAGAUGGUCCAAGCUGCUCAAUUCCAUACUGUAAGAGUGGAUAGGGACCAGGGGCUCUGAAAAGAAAAAAAAAUGCAUCAUAAAAGAUAAGUUGAAGAAGUCCUCUGAAGCCAUAUGUGACCCGGACCACUAAACCAGUCAUAAGUAGCAUGGAUAUAUUUGAAGCAAUAGCCAACAAUACAUUGUAUGGGUCAAAAUUAUCGAUUUUUCUUUUGCACCAUGAAUAUAUUUUGUAAAUCUUCUACGCUAGAUAUAUCAAAACUUAAUUUUUUAUUAAUAAGAACUUCAUUUGGACCACCUCAAAGGUGAUUUUCUUAACAUUUAGACUAUUUUGCACAAAAUUGUCAGAUUCUAACAAACCAUACAUCAAUGGAAAGCUUAUUUACUCAGCUUUCAGCUGAUGUAUAAAUCUCAAUUUCAAAAAAUGGACCCUUAUGACUGGUUUUGUGGUCCAGGGUCACAUAUGCCUGCUUUGUGAGAGAAACAGACUGACAUGCGAGUCAUUAUUCACUGUGGUCACCAUUCACUUUCAUUAUGUGCAAACGAGCAGCUUGGACAUUCAGCUGAACAUCUUUUGAAAGAUGGUGACAGGUAAGAAACUGUCUGAUUCCAGUGAAGCUCCACUGAAUGGCCAUAUUAGAUGUUUUUAUCUCCAGAAUUGUUUUAGCUCCACACACUGUCUCCCUCUGUCAAUCAAGCUCACAGCAGUGACAUCACAAUCACACCUUGUCAGCUAACGAAAGUCACAAUCACCGAACAGCCACCAUCUGAUGUGACCAUGCUUCACAUGUAGUAAUUCCCCACAAUCAUAUCAGUCGAUAGGGGCACGUACGCUGGCUCGUUUAACAUACAAAGUCAGGUUCUGUCAAGUAACCUCAUGGUCUUUAGAACACAUACACUGAUGAUGAUGAUGGCCUGUAUUAUGAACAAUAAUUGAUAAGACAAUCAAAGUCAUGUGUGGAGCUCAAAACAAGGUUAAAUGACAUCAAACAAAAAGUACUUAGAAACUUAUCUUACCAUCUCAACUUGAAAAUCGAGAAAGAUAAUUAUGUAAAUAUAGCAUAGAGUUAUAGAUUUAUAUUUUGUUCAUAACACAGUGUAAUAUAAGUUGUAUAUUUCUUUCUCUCUUUUAUUGAUGUUAUUCAUGCCACAAUAAAAGCAAGAGUUACUGUACUCUUAUGGAAAAAAACGAAAAAAAAAAGCAAGCCGUGGGUUACCACCAUCUGUUCUAAGUUGACGUUUUUCAGUAUUACUGCCAGUCAAGGCUCAAAUAAAAACAGCAACGUGUUCUGUAUC